AUGGCCACCGUCGACACGAUUCUACAGGGCAAAUACCCCGCGAAAGCCCAUGCGCGGCGGGUCGCGGAGUAUCUCCAGGCCCAAUGCCCCGGCAAUCCUGGAGUCAUCUACCUCGAGUCGCAGAAGACUCGUAUGAUUGAGGACAAUGAUGAGACCAUGCCUUUCAGACAGCGCCGUCCGUUCUUCUACCUCUCUGGAUGUCUGCUGCCCGAAGCUUCUCUCGUCUACGACGUGAGCGCCGACAAGCUGACACUCUUCAUCCCUGCAAUUGACCCCGAGGACGUCAUCUGGUCCGGCCUGCCCCUCUCCCCGUCGGAAGCGAUGGAGCUCUACGACGUGGACAACGUGCUCACCACACCCGAAGUCAACGCGACCCUCGCCUCCAUUGCGUCCGCACACAACGGUAAAGCCGUCGCAUACGCCAUCCAGGGCCGCACCUCGCCGGAGACCAAAUUCGAGGGCUUCCAAGACGCCAACUUCACCUUGUUGAAUGGGUGGAUCGAACAGGCGCGCGUCGUCAAGGACGCAUAUGAGAUUGCGCUGCUGCGAAAAGCCAACGACAUCUCCACCAAAGCGCACAUUGCCGCCAUCAAAGCUGCCAAGACUGCGACCAACGAGCGCGAGAUCGAGGGCGCGUUCAUCGCGACCUGCAUCGCCAACGGCGCGCGCGAGCAGUCGUACCACCCGAUCGUAGCCUGCGGCGAGAACGGCGCCACGCUGCACUACCCCAAGAACGACGCGGAGUUGACGGACCCCGUGACGAAGCAGAGAAAGAAGAACGUCCUCAUUGACGCGGGUGGCGAGUACCGCACCUACUGUGCGGACAUUACCCGUGUGAUCCCGCUGGGCGGACGGUUCGCCCAGGAGACGCGCCAGAUCUACCAGAUCGUCUUGCAGAUGCAGCUGGAGUGCAUUGCCAUGCUGAAGGACGGUGUGCUGUGGGAUGAUGUGCAUGCGCACGCUCACCGCGUGGCAAUCAAGGGUCUGCUGCAGCUGGGAAUUCUGCGCGGCUCUGAGGAUGAGUUGUUCGAGAAGCGCGUCAGCGUGGCCUUCUUCCCCCACGGUCUUGGACAUUAUCUUGGAAUGGACACCCACGACACGGGUGGCAACCCCAACUACGGGGACAAGGAUAAGAUGUUUCGGUAUCUUCGCGUCAGAGGCCAUCUGCCCGCGGGGUCUGUCAUUACCGUUGAGCCUGGUAUUUACUUCUGCCGCUUCAUCAUUGAGCCUUACAUUAAGUCUCCCGAGACCAGCAAGUAUAUCGAUACCGAUGUUCUGGAAAGAUACUGGAGCGUCGGCGGUGUCCGCAUCGAGGACAACGUCCAUGUUACAAAGGAUGGCUAUGAGAAUCUGACGACGGCACCCAAGAUUAUGGAAGAGGUGGAGAGUCUGGCGUUGUGA